UGAAGCAAUGACUUGAGUUUGGCAAGUCUUUAGUUUGAACUAUGUUGAUAUAACUUUGGUGAACAGGGGAUUUUAAAUCGUCAUUUAGGAUAUUUUAGAUAAGCGUGAGGCAUUUCUGUGCGUAAAAUGUAAAAAUCUAAUGCGGAUUACAACAAGGCAUUCUUUGAGUACAACUUUCAGAAGCUUUAACUAGAGUAAAAAGUCAAAGCUGGAUCAAAAAAAGUCUCAGAAAUGUUUUUAAACCUUUUUUCUCUUUUUUUUUUUACUCCAAAGCUCUCUCAAAGAGAUUCCAGUCCUCCGCGCGCACUAGCACUUGAUCCCGGCGGGAGGAAGCGGACGCAGGGAAGAUGGCCAUCCACGCCGAGGGUCUCGUGGCUAUCGUAAUCUUUUAUAUGCUGAUCCUGGUCGUGGGGAUCUGGGCCGCGUGGAAAAACAAGAACUCUGGAGUUGGCGAAGGCGGAGAGCGGAGCGAGAGCAUCAUGGUCGGGGGAAGGGACAUCGGAUUGUUCGUCGGUGGAUUCACCAUGACCGCCACUUGGGUGGGUGGGGGCUACAUCAACGGGACAGCGGAGUAUGUCUACCUGCCUGAUUUCGGCCUGGCCUGGGCACAGGCACCCUUUGGUUAUGCUCUCAGCUUGGUAGUGGGUGGCCUUUUCUUUGCCAAACCCAUGCGCUCACGUGGCUACGUCACCAUGCUGGAUCCCUUCCAGCAGAUUUAUGGAAAGCGCAUGGGGGGCCUGCUCUUCAUCCCCGCACUGAUGGGAGAAAUCUUCUGGUCUGCAGCCAUUUUAUCUGCCCUGGGUGCCACACUGAGCGUGAUCGUGGACAUCAACAUUAAUAUGUCUGUGGUGAUCUCAGCACUGAUUGCUAUCUUCUACACGCUUGUUGGAGGACUCUACUCUGUCGCGUAUACAGAUGUGGUCCAGCUCUUCUGUAUCUUUUUGGGCUUGUGGAUCAGCGUGCCUUUUGCCCUGUCCAAUCCUGCCGUGUCAGACAUCACUGUUUCAGCCAAGGAAGCAAUCUACCAGUCAGCCUGGCUGGGGAAGAUUGAUCCCGAGGACAAAUGGCUCUGGGCCGACAACUUCUGUUUGCUGAUGUUGGGGGGGAUUCCCUGGCAGGUCUAUUUUCAACGGGUUCUUUCUGCCUCUUCAGCUACCUACGCCCAGGUCCUUUCCUUCAUCGCCGCCUUCGGCUGCUUGGUCAUGGCCGUCCCCUCUGUCCUCAUAGGGGCUAUAGGGGCCUCCACUGAUUGGAACCAAACUACUUACGGUUCCCUGGCUCCGAAGGAUAAAGACGAAUCAGACAUGAUCCUUCCCAUAGUGCUGCAGCACCUGUGCCCAUCCUACGUCUCCUUCUUUGGUCUGGGGGCGGUGUCGGCUGCGGUGAUGUCGUCAGCGGACUCUUCUAUUCUCUCAGCCAGCUCCAUGUUUGCCAGGAACAUCUAUCAGCUCGCUUUCCGGCAGUCGGCCUCAGAUCGUGAAAUUGUUUGGGUCAUGCGCUUCACCAUCUUUGUAUUUGGAGCUCUCGCCACUGCCAUGGCAUUGCUGACGGGAUCGGUGUAUGGCUUGUGGUACCUCAGUUCCGACCUGGUCUAUGUCAUCAUCUUUCCCCAACUUCUCAGUGUGUUAUUUGUCAAGGGCACUAAUACCUAUGGCUCUGUGGCCGGCUAUGUCUUUGGAAUGUUGCUGCGUAUUGGCGGAGGGGAGCCCUACCUCAAACUCCCACCCUUCAUCUUCUACCCUGGCUGGGUGACCCAGACGAAGGUACAUCACCUCACUGGUGACGUUGAGUACUUUGUCCAGCAGAGGUUUCCCUUCAAGACUGUGUCCAUGUCCGCAUCCUUCUUGGCGAAUGUGGGCUUUUCUUACCUGACCAAGUACCUUUUCGAAAGUGGUAUUUGGUCACACAAGUACGACUUCCUGGACGCUGUAGUGUCCAAGCACAGCAAGGAGAUCAUGGACAAGGCUACGCUGGUAAGCAACCAUGACAACAUCAUCCUUUCAGAGAUGGCUCCCGUCAAGCAGGCUCUGAGCGCGUCACUCGCUGGAACCUUCAUCAACACCGAGGUCCUCAGUGAUGACGGGGAAUCCAGUCCCGAGGAUUUUCACAAUGAAAAAUAGACAACGAGGGCACAAAGGAAACUAGAACCAAGGAUUAUGAAGAAGAAGGAAUUGACAUACUUCAGGAAACCUGCUACUGCCGCACUGGAAGCUGAAUCAGCAGAAAUCUCUUCUGGCUUUCGAGUGACUCCACAAGUUUGUUUUCUUGCUGAUGACGUGGUGCCUCCUUCUUUUUGGGAGAUUCCUUGCCCGGAAACGGGGGGUAGACUGUCAAUCAGCUGUGUUAAGUGUACCAUACUCAGUGUUGUGUUUUAUCAUGACUGGGUAUCCAAAACCACAACAAUCAUUUUAAUUUAAGUGCUGCUACAGUAAUCAGAGGAACUUUUACAAGGAUCAUACAAAGGGCCUAUAUGAGGAAGUCUACAAAGGUUUGUAGUGGGACAUGAGAAUUGUGCAAUAUCUAACCAAGGAAUUGUGUCCACGUAGCACUCUGUGUGUGUCGAUGUACAUGUGAAUGUGUUCUUCUGCUUCAAAACUGGCAUCAAGUGAAUCCUACAGAUACUUUCUUUCAGGCUGAGUUGUGAGUUUGCGUAGAGUAAAUUUGUUAACAGAGCAAUAAUAUUUUUGGAUCUAUGUUUUACAGAUAGAUACGGAAUGCUAUGUAGAUUAACAUCAUUCUUUUAAUUUUUUGGAUGAGUAGAUUUUGCAGAUUCAAUGGUGUGUGUUUGUGUGUUCAGAUUUCUCUUAAGCCUCCUGAUGUAUUCGUUAAUUCCAGACACAUAAGUGUCAAAUAAAGAACCCCAUGAUAAUCCCAAAUCUUGCAUUCCCCAAGCAGAAGGUUGAUACUGAGUUGACUUUCUACAAAAUCCCAGACUACGGUCAGUUGAAAUAUUUUUAAACAUUCACUACAACUUUUUUUAUAAGUAAUUAUUUUUACACCAUCCAACACCGGGGUCCACAUAGUGAUCACUUUAAGGUUGAUGUAUAAUCAAUAUUUAGUAUAUUCUUAUCAUUAAGGGGCCACUUGGAGGCAGCACAACUAGCUGUAAAUUCAUCAAUGACCUUAAUAAGUUUGCAUUAGCGAAUAAGUAAGACCCGCUGAAUAUUGAUUAGACCGUGAUAUUGUUAAACAUUGUUAAACCCUAAAAAAGUCAUCAGUUCCUGGUUUGAGAGAUUGGACACAAACCCAACUUUCUGGAUUCAAAGUCAAACACAUUUGGUCAGAGCCUCUGCUUAAUCAAAAUAGUGCAAUCAAUAUUUCCAAAAUAAAUCAUGCAAUGGUUUUAUUGAGUGUUUACCUUCCAUUUAGCCAUUUUACUUCAUUAUGUAUGCAUCCUUAAUGAGAAUCUCUUUAAUAUGCAUCCUCAUUGUCAGAACAGUAACAUAACAACAAUAGAAGCACAUGGUGUUUUAGGUUAAUUUUCAUAUAGAAAUGAAUGGAACCGAAUUGUUGCCUGGACAGUUUAACAAAACAAUUGAAAAGUGGAUCAGCAGUAUACACACAUUAUUACAUGAUUAUGAUUACAAUGAUUAUUUUAAAGGGCCUUUAUCUGACACAACCUGUCUUUGUGUGCCUAUAACAGUGUGCUUGCUCCUCCUAAAUCUUCACUGACUGGGCAGACACAGCAGGUUACUAGAGACAGGAAAUGAUUUCUCCUCCAGGAUGGCAUUAGUAUCGCCGGUCAUUAUUGAUCCUUUCCUCAAUCAAUGAGCCUUUGGGACAUUUGAUUAUUUCAGCAAAGAGGUUCGAGACUAUGAUUUACCAGGGUUUGUUUCACAGUGUGUUAUAAACAGUGAUAACAAGUUGAAAGGUUAUUGAUUAAUUAACAGCUCACAACCUUGCACUGUCACGGAUCUGACUGGUUUAAACACUGAGACGCACUGCUGUCAUGGGAAGGAGUUGUUAUUUUACAUGAUAUUUUACAUGUCAUUGUAAAUUCUUAUAAUUUUUUUAGUUGGAAAAGGACUGUUGACACUUGUUGUCAUCUUUUUCAAAUCUAUGGAAUCCCUUUCAUUUAAAGUUCAGCUGUGUGAAAUGAGUAGAUAAGCGAUCAUUUUAUUCUAAAUCAUUUGAUCAGUUCAAGGAGAAGGCUCACAAUGACGUUUACGGGUCUCAUUGGCACAGAGUGAGGUGCGUUAAAAGAAUCCCAACCUGAUCCUGUCCCCUUCCCUUCCCUUUUAAAUACAGUUAUGGGAUUGAUGUUAUGGACCUGAAGGGUGUGACUGCUGCUCUGAUGCUAUGCAAAGGGUCAGGCGACGGCGUUGGACUUCAAUGUGAAUGUAAACUUUCCUCCCCCUCAGAUUGUGAGUGUCGUCGUAGCUUCGGUUCAUCCACAGACCUGAACACACGCAGAAAAAGAAUCAAUGUCAGCUGUUACACUGACACAUCUGUGACUCGGUGUCGUAAAAUGCAAUGAUGCUGUAUUUUUGUGUGAUAAAUGUAUAUACCAAAAAAAAAAAGUACAAAUUAUACUACUUUUAAAUGCAGCGAUGAAAAUGUUUGUUGACAGUGAAGUUACAGCUAUUUAUUUCCUUAUGCAGUGUCUAUAAAAGUAUAGUAAUGUGAGGUCAGUUGAAUAAAUUAUA